AUGGCUACUGGGCUGGAGAUGGAUUUCUACAGCAGCACCUGCCAGCACGUGGAGGAGAUGGUGGAGAGGCGGCAUCAACGGUCGCUGGCCCGCUGCUCCGCCUCCACUUCCACAACUGCUUCGUUAGGGGCCGCGACGGCUUCGUGCUACUGGACUCGACGCACCAGCUGCACGGCGAAGGAUGCCACGCCCAACCUCACCCUCCGCGGCUUCGGCUCCGUGCAGAGGAUCAAGGACAAGCUCGAGAAGGCCUGCCUGGGCACCAUCUCCUGCGCCGACAUUCUGUGGCGUGCAACGCCGCCGUGGUGGGCAGGGGCCCCUCCUAUCCUGUCGUGCUCGGCCGCCGAUUUAUGUUUUCAUCGGUCUGGAAUAUGGUAA